AAAGAAGCUUACUUUCACAGCUCUUUGGUAGUGGUUGGCAUUUAUCUACUCUGUUGCCUGACUGUGUUUUUCGGAACUCAAGAAAAAAAAGGUGUCCUUAUGGAUAGCAAAGAACAUGAGAUGGGAUUUUUUACAGGCAUCAAAACAGUCUUCACCUACAGACCGUAUCUCUGGGCUUCUCUCACUUUUUUGUUCUUAACUAUAGCCAUACAGACUGUCCAGGGGAACAUCGCCUUGUUCUGUACCCACACACUGAAGGAGGGAGAGGAGUUCUCUAAAUUUAUUUUGGUCUUAUUGAUUGUGUCUAUUGUAUCUAUGCCAGGUUGGCAUUUGAUUUCUGGAAGAUUUGGCAAGAAAAAAGCUUAUGCUGCUGGCAUGAUAUUGAUGCUACCUAUACUAUUCACACAACUUUUUAUGCCAGCUAAUUCUAAAGAAAUGUAUUACUGUGUAAUGGUUGUUGCUGGUCUAAGCAUUUCUGUCAGCUUUCUUUUGCCUUGGUCCGUGUUGCCAGAUGUAUUGGACUUGUACACAAUAGAAAAGAAUGUUCGCCAUGAUGCUGUCUUCUACUCAUUUUAUGUUUUUUUUAACAAAAUAGCUUCUGGGAUAGCAUUGGCUGUAUCACAGUUGGCAUUAGAGUUUGGUGGCUAUGUAAGCGGAGAAUGUAAGCAACCCGACUCUGUGGCUGAAACCUUGAGGCUGCUGGUGACACCCGGCCCAGUUGUUCUAGUCCUGCUUGCCCUCAUCUGCCUGUACAAAUAUCCCAUCGAUGAGGAGCGCAGGCUGUGGAUCAGAGAUCAAAUCACUACCAUGACUCUUGAAAUUGAAAAAAGCACAGUGCCUUGGGUAGACACAAGUAAAAGCUAUGAAAGUAUGAAGCCUGUAUCUGAUACUGAGAUGUAGAUGAUUGUCUUUUGAUGUGGAUCAGUUGUGUAGAAACUUAACGUGUUAAUCACUAUAAAUUGUUAAGUAUAAACUGUUAUAUUAUACUGAUAAAGAUAAAUUGUUAUAUUACACUGAUAAAUAUAAACAUAUAUGAUGUUGU